CCCGUGAAACCCUAGCUCAUUUUUUUCCCUCUAGAUUUUCUAAAAAAUUUCCGCUGUCACGUAUGGUAGAGAGAGGGGGCCUUUCCUUUGACCGGCUAAAUCCAGACAAAGAAAUGCCGUAGGGAAAAAUAAAGGAGUGGGGGCUUAAUUAUUUUUUCUCUAGCCGUAAAAAAUCCAGAGCAAAAUAAGGGUCAAUGGCAGCGCAAAUUCCAAUCCCCACCACCAACAAACAAUAAUAGUGCCCGCCACUACAUUUGAGUAUUCGUCCGUGAUUUUAUCUUUUCCCCCAAAUAAAUUUCACCAAUACCCACUUAAAAUUCCCUCAGAUCUAAGGAUUUGACGUCGUUGGGAAUGGCGGAAGAAAAAAACCGUUAAAUCGGAUGAUAGAAGACCGAGAUUUGGAUUUCUGGUGCCAUAAGGAGGCCAAAAAAGCAAUACCCACAAGUUUGUUUUUUAGAAAUAAUUCAAAUAAAAGAAGGAAUUGAUUGGCGGGUGGGUGCAUGCAAUCCGCAGCAGCAUCCCAACAGCAGGGGCUGCAGGGUGGCGUGCCCCCCUGCCGCUCCUCCUCUUCUUCUUCACCUGAGAAUUCAUCUUCGUCUUCUCCUGCUGCUGCUUCUUUGCCCACAUCUCGUCCAGGGUUCGAAUCCAUGCAACAGCAGAAUCAUCAUCAUCAGCAGCAGAAUCAUCAUAAUCAACAUCAGCAGCAGCAACACCAACAGCAACAGAAUUUUCGUCAGCAGCAACAGCUUCUACGGAAGUCUCAGGGAGAUGAAGGACUUCUCACUUAUCAGGCUGGUAACCUUCAGGGGAUUGUUGUGGGUAGUGGUGUUAGUGGGCCAGUUGGUCCAACACAAAUGUCACAGCAAGCAAGAAAUUUUAUGGAUUUAGCCCAGCAGCAGCAGGUAGCUUCCCAGCUUCAAGGUGAGGGGCAGGCAAAAAAUCAAAAUCAAAUGAAUGCCCAUGCCUACCUCCAGUUUGCAUUGCAGGCUGCCCAGCACAAAGCUCGUGCUAACAUCCAAUCUCAACAGCAGGGGAAAGCAGCUGCAAUUGGUUCAACUGUAGUAGACCAGGAACUCUUAAACAAUUUAAAACAUCAAGAGUUAAUGCGUCUUCAAGCAGCAAACCAGGCACAGAUGUCUAUGUUUAAGAAGUCACCUGGUCAAUUUAUGCAGAUGGAUAAGCACAUGGAGCAGGGACAAACAAGUAAUGAUGUGAGAAAUGAAACAAAGACCCAGCAGGUGCAGGUGGCUCAGUUACCAGGCAAUGUAGGAAGGCCAGGGCAUGGGCUUCAAAAUCAACAUCCAAUGCAGAGUCUUUCGAAUAACCAGUAUGCAAAUCUUGCUCAACUACAAGCUCUUCAGGCUUGGGCAAUGGAUAAGAAUAUUGAUAUUUCUUCUCCUGCAAAUGCACACCUUAUUCCCCAACUUUUGAUCCAGUGGCAAGCCCGCAUAGCAGCAUUACAAAAAGCCAAUGAUGGUAACCUUGCUGCACAUCAGGCUCGUCUCUUACCAGGAAAAUCAGAUAUUGCUUCUUCUUCAGUCCAGGGUUAUGCUCCUCCUAGUAAUCCCAGUACUAGCCAUAGCAAUUCUAUGCCUGAAGUUCAUGCUGUCCAGGGAGGUUUGCAAUUGCAUCAAAAGCCUAGGCAGGCUGUGGCAACUGGAUCAGCAUCAGCAGUAGGGAGUCCAGCAAUGGCCAAUCCAAAUGUUACUCAGAUGCAACACACAAUGCCUCAGGUUGGAGAUUAUCAGGUGGAUAGGGUAAAUAGGCAUCAGAAUCCUGCUACAAGUACUAUGGCCUCUAUUCAUGGACUGUCCUCAUCUCCUUCUGUAGGUCAGGUGGGAGACUCUUCAGUACCAAAGAAUGCCCAGGUUUCUCCAGAAUCUUUACAAAUGCAAUAUUAUAGGCAAUUGCAUCAAUUCCACAGACCUCCCAUGCACCCGGCAGGUUUGAAUGAAGGAUCUACAUCAACUCAUCUUUCAAAUCCACCAGUAAAUCAUCCAGCACCAGUUCAACAGCAGUAUGGGUUUACAAAACAUCAAUUGAUUGUUCUUAGAGCUCAAAUACUAGCCUUUAGGCGACUCAAGCGAGGUGAAUCCACACUUCCUCCUGAUGUUAUUCGAGCAAUUGUUCCACCUCCUCUUCAGCCUCAGCAAGGCCAAACUGUUGCAGUACCUAAAGAGAAGAAUUUUAAUCAAAAUGCUGCAGAUCAACCAAGGGCUGUAGAUCCAAGUGAUGCACAACGGUUUGUGGCUCCAAAUAAAGGGACAAAUGUGCUCAAAGAAGAGAGAGAUGUGAAAGAGCCUCUAAUGAGCGAAGAGAGGAAACCAACGUCAAAUGCAUUCCCAGGGAUAGUUGUUAGUGGAAAGGAGGUCUCACCAGUAGUAGUUUCGGAGAAGGAAGAGAAGAUUAAUAAAACCCCAGUAAAAAUGGAACAAGAAGCUGAACAAGUCACCCAGGUUAAUACACCCACAACAAGUGAAUUGCCUGUUGAUAGAAGUAAGACUAUUGUAUCAAAACCUCCUCAAGAUGUAUCUGCUCAGGUGAAGAAGCAUCCUGGUGGAAACACUGCACAAGUUCCUAAGGAUAUGAAUAUCAUUAAGAAGUACCAUGGUCCUCUGUUCGACUUUCCACCAUUUGGGAAGAAAUUAAAUUCUUUCUUGCCCACAAAUUUGAAUGGUAGUAAUGGAGGAUAUUCACUAUCUAUAGGAUAUGAUGUAAAGGAUUUAUUGUUUGAAGAGGGUAAAGAUGUUCUUAAUAAAAAAAGGACAGAAAAUCUAAAAAAGAUAGAACGAUUAUUGGCAGUGAAACUGGAUAGGAAACGGAUUAGACCUGAUCUAGUGGUGAAGCUACAAAUAGAAGAGCGGAAGCUACGUCUUCUUGAUCUUCAGGCUCGAAUAAGGGAUGAACUAGAUCAAGAGCAGCAGGAGAUAAUGGCUAUGCCUGAUAGGCCAUAUCGCAAGUUUGUUCGCCUAUGUGAACGACAAAGGGCAGAUCUUGCCAGACAAGUUCAACUUUCUCAAAAGGCAAUAAAAGAGAAACAUUUAAAAGCUGUGUUUCAAUGGCGCAAAAGGUUAUUUGAAGCUCAUUGGUCAAUUCGUGAUGCUAGAACCACUCGCAACAGAGGGGUUGCUAAAUAUCAUGAAAAAAUGCUGAAGGAGUUUUCUAAAAGGAAAGAUGAAGACCGGAAUAAAAGAAUGGAGGCUCUGAAAAAUAAUGAUGUUGACAGGUACCGUCAGAUGUUGUUGGAACAGCAAAGUCAGAUCCCAGGUGAUGCUCAAGAGCGAUAUCUAGUUCUUUCUUCUUUCUUGUCACAGACAGAGGAAUACUUGCAAAAACUUGGAGGAAAAAUCACUGCUGCAAAAGCACAUCAAGAGGUGGAAGAAGCUGCAAUUGCUGCUGCUGCAGCUGCCCGUGCACAGGGUCUUUCGGAAGAGGAGGUUAAAGCAGCAGCAGCCUGUGCAGGACAGGAGGUGAAGACAAGGAAUCGAUUUUCAGAAAUGAAUGCUUCUAGGAACAAUAUGUCCAUAAACAAGUACUAUAAUUUGGCACAUGCUGUAAAUGAGAAGAUUUUAAGACAGCCGUCUAUGCUGCGUGCUGGAACGUUGCGUGAUUACCAGCUUGUUGGGUUGCAAUGGAUGCUUUCUUUGUACAACAAUAAGUUAAAUGGAAUUCUUGCAGAUGAAAUGGGUCUUGGGAAGACUGUACAGGUAAUGGCUUUAAUAGCUUAUCUUAUGGAGUACAAGGGGAAUUAUGGUCCACAUCUCAUAAUUGUGCCCAAUGCAGUCAUGGUCAACUGGAAGAGUGAACUGCAUAAUUGGCUUCCUACAUUGUCCUGCAUUUAUUAUGUGGGCAGUAAGGAUCAACGAGUGCGACUCUAUUCUAAGGAGGUUUGCGCUAUGAAGUUUAAUGUACUUGUCACAACGUAUGAGUUCAUUAUGAGAGAUCGGGCAAAGCUUUCAAGGGUGGACUGGAAAUAUAUCAUUAUUGAUGAGGCACAGCGAAUGAAAGACAGGGAAUCACAACUUUCACGUGAUUUAGAUAGGUUUAGGUGUCAAAGGAGAUUGCUUCUUACUGGAACACCAUUGCAGAAUGAUUUGCAGGAACUGUGGUCCCUUUUGAACUUGCUUCUACCUGAAGUAUUUGAUAAUCGGAAAGCUUUUCAUGACUGGUUUUCUAAACCCUUUCAAAAGGAUGCGCCAUCUCAGUCUUCUGAAGAUGAUUGGCUUGAAACUGAGAAGAAGGUUAUCAUAAUACACAGGUUGCAUCAGAUAUUGGAGCCUUUCAUGCUUCGGCGCCGAGUUGAAGAUGUAGAAGGGUCCCUUCCGCCCAAGAUAUCUGUGGUAUUGCGCUGUAAAAUGUCAGCCCUUCAGGGUGCUGUUUAUGAUUGGAUUAAAGCAACAGGCAGUCUUAGGCUUGAUCCACAGACUGAAGCCAGGAGAGUAGAAAGCAAUCCAAAGCGACAAAUUAGGGCGUAUGUACCAUUGCAGAACAGGUGUAUGGAGUUGCGGAAGGUCUGUAACCACCCCUUACUAAGUUACCCUUAUCGCCAAGAUUAUUCUAAUGAUUAUAUGGUGCGAUCAUGUGGAAAACUUUGGGUCCUUGAUAGAAUUCUUAUCAAACUACACAGAACAGGCCACCGUGUGCUCUUAUUCAGUACUAUGACAAAGCUGCUUGAUAUAUUAGAAGAAUAUCUCCAAUGGCGACGUCUUCAGUAUAGAAGGAUUGAUGGCACAACAAGUCUUGAAGACAGAGAGUCAGCAAUUGGUGAUUUUAACAAGCCUGGUUCUGAAUGCUUCCUAUUUCUACUGAGUAUUCGUGCAGCAGGAAGGGGUUUGAAUCUUCAAUCAGCAGACACUGUGGUCAUAUAUGAUCCUGAUCCUAACCCAAAAAAUGAAGAACAAGCUGUGGCUAGAGCUCAUCGAAUUGGUCAGAAGAGAGAAGUCAAAGUUAUAUACAUGGAAGCUGUUGUUGAAACCAUAACAAGCUACCAGAAAGAAGAUGAACUCCGAACGGGGGGCACUGUGGAUGAUGAGGAUGAGCUUGCUGGUAAAGACCGAUAUAUGGGCUCUGUAGAAAGCCUUGUUCGUAACAAUAUUCAGCAAUACAAAAUUGACAUGGCAGAUGAAGUCAUAAAUGCAGGGCGUUUUGAUCAAAGGACGACACAAGAGGAGAGGCGUGUGACACUAGAGACUCUUUUGCAUGAUGAAGAAAGAUACCAAGAAACUGUCCAUGAUGUUCCUUCAUUGCAAGAAGUAAAUCGUUUAAUUGCUAGAAGCAAAGAGGAAGUGGAACUGUUUGACCAGAUGGAUGAGGAGUUGAAUUGGCCAGGUGAGAUGUUGAGACACCAUCAAAUUCCGAAGUGGCUUCGUGUGGGUUCUUUAGAAGUAAAUGCUGCUGUCAGUUCCAUGUCCAAGCAGGCAAUGAAGAGGGGAUUGGUGGUGCCAAUUGGUACCAAGGAGGAGGAGGAUAGGUUAUGUGCUAUGUAUCCCAGUCCUGCCCCUGAAAAGAAAUUGGAGAACAUGAAAACAAAUUCAAACAAAAGACUUCCUAGAUCUGAAUCAAAUAGCAAAAAGCAGCUACCUCAUAAACAUAGAGAUAUUGCAGCUGUUAAUAAUGAAGGGGAAGACAGUGAAGAUAGCUUGGAAGAGAAAGAUGGUUCGUCAACGCAUGAAGAGGAGGGAGAAAUUAGGGAGGAUUUAGAAGAUGAAGAGAAUAGCAGAGCUGCUGGCCCUGAACCUAAUGAUAGGGUCCAAUCUGAAGAAGAAACUGAAAUAGAAUGUGAUGAGGGCGACAAUGAGUUAUCUAAAGCCAUGGAUGUUGCCGAAAAGAUUGUUAGGGAAGGUAUCGAACGCGAGGCUGCAUCCUCCGAGUCCUCAUUUCAAAAUGGAAAGUUAAAUACACGUCAGGCUUCUUCCCCCACAAUAUCUGCCCAGAAGUUUGGAUCUUUGGCUGCCUUAGAAGCAAAACCUGUGGGACAUCCAAAAUCAAUGGUGGAAGAGCUUGAAGAAGGUGAAAUUGUUGCAUCUGGCGAUUCUCACAUGGACUUCCAGCAUUCAGGAAGUUGGGUUCAUGAGCGUGAGGAUGGUGAAGAGGAACAAGUCUUGCAGCCAAAAAUUAAAAGGAAGCGUAGCAUGCGCAAUCGUCCUAGACCUAAUUCAGAUAAGCUGGAGGAAAAGCCUAAUGUUGAAAAGCGAGUAUUGCACCCGGGAAACUUCUACCAGCAAAAUUCUAAUCAGGCAAGUUAUGAUUAUGGACGACAGCUAGGACUAAAUAAAGAAGUUGGAGCUUUCAGUGAGUCUGUCUAUGACAAGUCUGAACAUUGGGGUGCCAACCUUAAGAGGAAGCAGCUUGUGCAAUCAAGAGUUGAUGAUGGUCUGCCAGAGACAAUUGCUGUUUCAAAGCAACAUGUUCUGCCUAAGCACAAUAGAGUGAAUGGGUUUGUUGAACCUAACCAAGAUGCCACAGAAUAUCCUAGAGAAAGACGAGAUUCCAAACUGAUGCACUCAGGUGGAUCUCCAAAUUGUAUUGGAGGGGGGCACAUGGCAGAGAUCUAUCAGAAAAGGUGCAAGAUUGUUCUCGACAAACUUCAAGCUGCAAUAAAUAAGUCUGGGGGACUCAUAACAGUACUUUUUUCAGAGCUUCCCAAGAGAAAUGAAAAUCCAGGAUAUUAUAGGUGUGUUGUUAAUCCCAUUGAUGCACGGACAAUUGAGCAACGCCUUGACCGUUAUGAAUAUGCAAGUGUAUUGGACUUUGCUGCUGAUGUGCAAUUGGUUCUGGACAAUGCUGGGCGUUAUUCUUCUGAGGUUAAGCCAGAUGCAAGGAGGUAUCAAGCUAUAUUCUUUCAGCGUAUGGCUCUGGCCUUUCCUGAUGUUGAUUUUAGUUUUGUCAAAACACGAAGCUUGGUUUCUCUUGGGCAGUCAGCAACACCAUCGACAUCAUCUCCCAAGCAACAGUUAAACCCUUCUCGGCUUCUCAAGUCGCAGGAUGGUCUGAGUCUGGCAUCUGAUUCAGGUGCUGGGAAGUAUUUGGCACCACGUAACAGUAGUGCUGUAAGUGAGGAGAUGCGGGAGAAAGCAACACUGAAAGAAAAUAUUUCCAAAAUGCCAAAAGAAACUAGGGUGAUGUUUGCAGAUCGGGCACAAGACAGGGAAAGAGGUAAGGGAGAUGAAGUAGAUGAAGUGACUCAUCCUGGUGAUUUUGUUAUUUGCAAAAAGAAGCGAAAAGAUAGGGAUAAAGUAGUAGUAAAACCUAGGAUGGUUAACCAAGCACCUGACAUUACUCAGGCUGUAAGAGGCUUGCCACAGAAAGAUAUCUUACUUCCUGGGCAUGCUAGACAGGCUCAGGGAUGGCCCCAAUUUGCUAGUACUGAAAAGAAUGGUACUAGUGGGCUUGAUACUGAAGAUGUUCAGUGGGCUAAACCUGUGAAGAGGUUGAGGACAGAUACUGGCAAGAGGAGGCCCAGUCAUAUUUGAUUUUGUAAAUAAUGAAAUCAUUUAUUGCAGUGUCUGCAUAUUCUGUAACCGAAAAUCUUCGCCAUUGUUACAAUGUAUUUUAGUACAUGUUCAGCAAAGCGCUCUUGAUUUAGAGUUUCACGUUGUAAAGUAUGUCUUGUAGAAGAUUAUGCAUACUAACCUAUUCCAUUGAAGUAUUAGUAUAACGUCCAAUGAUCUCCAGCGUUAAUGUGUGAUAUAUUUCACAAUUAUUCUCAGUCACCAUUUCCGCGUUGGAUUUGUAAAGACUGAAGAGUCGGGCGAGGACUCUCGUCUUAUUGCUAGAAACUAAAUUUUUAUUUGGCUUCUUUAGCUGGUUGUCCUCUAAUCUGAAGAUAAAAAGAAGAUGAAUGAUCUCCACUAGAAGUUAAAUUAACGGA